AUGAAAGACAGCGGAGAGGGAGAGUGGGAGGAAGAGAGCCCGCUGGAGGAUGACGACGGCGACGACAGCCAGGGGACAGAGAUCCAGGAGAGCGAGGAAGAGGAGGACGCCAAGGAGGACGAAGAGGCGCCACAGGUCGGCCGCUCGCGCCGCGCCGCCAACCGCCACCCCAAGUUCACCCAGUACAACUACCAGGUGCAGGUGCCCGAGAACCAGCCCCCGGGCACGUUGGUGAUGAACGUGAGCGCCAGCACCAGCGAUCCGGACGCGGGCGAGGCGGGCAGACUGAGCUACAGCAUCGCGCCGCUCAUGAACAGCCACUCCAUGGACUACUUCCACAUCCACCCGGACACGGGCCUGCUGACCACCUCGCACAUCCUGGACCGCGAGCACAUGGUCCAGCACUUCUUCCGCGUGACGGCCACCGACCACGGCUCGCCGCGCCUCUCCGGCACCACCAUGGUGACCAUCACGGUGGCCGACCGCAACGACCACCCGCCCGUGUUCGAGCAGACCGAGUACCGGGAGACCAUCCGGGAGAACGUGGAGGAGGGCUACCCCAUCCUGCAGCUGCGCGCCACCGACCUCGACUCGCCCGCCAACGCCGACAUCCGCUACCGCUUCGUGGGCGAGGGGGCGCAGGUGGCGCGCGCGGCCUUCGAGGUGGACCCGCGCUCGGGCCUGAUCACCACGCGCGGCAUGGUGGACCGCGAGGCCAACGAGCGCUACACGCUGACGGUGGAGGCCAGCGACCAGGGCCGCGAGCCGGGCCCGCGCUCCGCCACCGUCGGCGUCCACAUCACCGUGCUGGACGAGAACGACAACGUGCCGCAGUUCAGCAAGAAGCGCUACGUGGUGCCCGUGCGCGAGGACGUGCGCCCGCACACCGAGAUCCUGCGCGUCAGCGCCUCGGACCGCGACAAGGACGCCAACGCCGCCGUCCACUACAACAUCAUCAGCGGCAACAGCCGCGGCCAGUUCGCCAUCGACAGCGUGACGGGCGAGGUCCAGGUGGUGGCGGCGCUGGACUACGAGGCCGAGCGCGAGUACACGCUGAGGGUCCGCGCGCAGGACAACGGCCGGCCGCCGCUCUCCAACAACACGGGCAUCGUCAGCGUCCAGGUGAUCGACGUCAACGACAACCCGCCCAUCUUCGUGUCCACGCCGUUCCAGGCCACCGUGCUGGAGAGCGCGCCCGUCGGUCACUCCAUCCUGCACAUCCAGGCCAUCGACACGGACUCGGGCGACAACGCCCGUCUGGAGUACCGGCUGCGCGGCACGGCCAGCGACACGCCCUUCCUCAUCAACCCGGCCACGGGCUGGGUGACGGUCAGCUCGGAGCUGGACCGCGAGGCCGUGGAGCACUACUUCUUCGGCGUGGAGGCGCGCGACUACGGCGCGCCUCCGCUCUCGGCCACGGCCAGCGUGACCAUCACGGUGAUGGACGUCAACGACAACCGGCCCGAGUUCCUGCAGCGCGAGUACCACGUGCGUCUGAACGAGGACGCCGUGGUCAGCACCAGCGUGGUCAGCGUGACGGCGGUGGACCGAGACGUCAACAGCGCCGUCACCUACCAGAUCACCGGGGGCAACACGCGCAACCGCUUCUCCAUCAGCACGGCGGGCGGAGCCGGACUGGUCACUCUGGCGCUGCCGCUGGACUACAAGCAGGAGCGACGCUACGUGCUGACCGUCACCGCGUCGGACCGCACGCUGCACGACACCUGCCAGGUGCACGUCAACAUCACCGACGCCAACACGCACCGGCCCGUCUUCCAGAGCGCCCACUACUCGGUCAGCAUCAACGAGGACCGGCCGGCCGGCAGCACCGUGGUGGUCAUCAGCGCCACCGACGAGGACGUGGGCGAGAACGCGCGCAUCACCUACUUCCUGGAGGACAACAUCCCGCAGUUCCGCAUCGACCCGUCCAGCGGCGCCAUCACGCUGCAGGCCGAGCUGGACUACGAGGACCAGAUGACCUACACGCUGGCCAUCACCGCGCGCGACAACGGCAUCCCGCAGAAGUCGGACACCACCUACGUGGAGGUCAACGUCAACGACGUCAACGACAACGCGCCGCAGUUCAUGAGCCCGCGCUACCAGGGCGGCGUGAGCGAGGACGCGCCCAGCUUCACCAGCGUGCUGCAGAUCUCCGCCACCGACCGGGACGCGCACGCCAACGGCCGCGUGCAGUACACCUUCCAGAACGGCGAGGACGGCGACGGCGACUUCACCAUCGAGCCCACGUCGGGCAUCGUGCGCACCAUGCGCCGGCUGGACCGCGAGAGCGUGCCCUUCUACGAGCUGACCGCCUACGCCGUCGACCGCGGCGUGCCCCCGCAGCGCACGCCCGUCCACAUCCAGGUGAGCGUGACCGACGUCAACGACAACGCGCCCGUCUUCCCCGCCGACGACUUUGAGGUGCUGGUCCGGGAGAACAGCGCCGUGGGGAGCGUGGUGGCCCAGAUCACCGCCACCGACCCGGACGAGGGCGCCAACGCCCAGAUCAUGUACCAGAUCGUGGAGGGCAACAUCCCCGAGAUCUUCCAGAUGGACAUCUUCUCCGGCGAGCUGACCUCGCUCAUCGACCUGGACUACGAGGCGCGCAACGAGUACGUGAUCGUGGUGCAGGCCACCUCGGCCCCACUGGUCAGCCGAGCCACCGUCCGCAUCCGGCUGGUGGACCAGAACGACAACAGGCCCACGCUGCAGCCCUUCCAGAUCAUCUUCAACAACUUCGUGUCCAACCGCUCCAACACGUUCCCGAGCGGCGUGAUUGGCCACGUGCCCGCGCACGACCCCGACGUCACCGACCGCCUCUACUACACCUUCGACCGCGGCAACGAGCUGCACCUGCUGCUGCUCAACCACACCAGCGGCGAGCUGCGCCUCAGCCGCAAGCUGGACAACAACCGGCCGCUCGUCGCCCCCAUGCAGAUCACCGUCACCGACGGCGUGCACAGUGUGUCGGCGCAGUGUGUGCUGCGCGUGCUCAUCAUCACGGAGGACAUGUUGAGCAGCAGCGUGACGGUGCGUCUGCAGAACAUGUCCCAGGAGCUCUUCCUGUCGCCGCUCAUGACGCACUUUGUGGAGGGCGUGUCGGCCGUGCUGGCGGUCAGUGCCGAGGACGUGUUCGUCUUUAACGUGCAGCCGGACGUGGAGGCGGCCGGCGUGUUGAACGUGUCGUUCUCGGCCGCGCUGCCCGGCGGUCAGUACUUCCCCUCCGAGGCCCUGGAGGAGCAGCUCUACCUCAACCGGCCGCGCCUCAACGAGCUCGUCCACAUGGAGGUGUUACCGUUCGACGACAACGUGUGCCUGCGCGAGCCGUGCCAGAACUACAUGAAGUGCAUCUCGGUGAUGCGCUUCAACAGCUCGGCGCCGUUCGUCACCUCCCCCUCCACGCUGUUCCGGCCCAUCCACCCAAUCACGGGCCUGCGCUGCCGCUGCCCGCCCGGCUUCACCGGCGACUACUGCGAGACGGAGAUCAACCUGUGCUACUCCAACCCCUGCCUCAACGGAGGAGUGUGCGCGCGCAGGGAGGGGGGGUUCACCUGCAUCUGCAGAGAGGACUACACUGGUGAGCGCUGUGAGUGGGACAGGCGUGGCGGGCGCUGUGUGGCGGGGGUGUGCCGUAACGGCGGGACGUGCCGGGAGCUGAGCGGCGGGGGCUUCCGGUGCGAGUGCCCGGCAGGCGGCUUCGAGAGGCCCUACUGCUCCAUCACCACGCUCUCCUUCGCCCCCAAGUCCUUCAUCAUGUUCAGGGGCCUGCGCCAGAGGUUCCACCUCACCAUCUCCCUCUCGUUUGCCACUCUGGAGAGCAGUGGCCUGCUGUUCUAUAAUGGACGUUUUAAUGAGAAGCACGACUUCCUAGCCCUGGAGAUAAUUGAUGGACAGGUGGUGCUAAAAUACUCCACAGGUGAGUCAUCCACUCAGGUGAGCCCGUUUGUGCCAGGGGGAGUGAGUGAUGGGAACUGGCACACCGUCCACAUCCACUACUAUAACAAGCCCAAGCGUGGUGUGAGCGGUGUGGUGGAGGGUCCGUCUGAUGAGAAGGUGGCGGUGGUGAGUGUGGACGACUGUGACACGGCGGUGGCUCUGCGCUUCGGCUUCCAGCUCGGCAACUACAGCUGCGCCGCACAAGGCCGACAGAGCAGCUCCAAGAAGUCUCUGGAUCUUACAGGGCCGCUGUUCCUGGGUGGAGUCCCCAACAUGGCUGACAGCUUCCCCUUGGGAACGAGGGAGUUCAUCGGCUGCAUGAAGGAUCUGCACAUUGAUAACAAGCUGCUGGAUCUGGCUGGCUCCAUUGCUAAAAAUAACACACUGCCAGGCUGCAGUGCGAAGCAUCCCUUCUGCAAGUCCAGCCCCUGCCAGAAUGGAGGCACCUGCCGCGUGAGCUGGGAGACCUUCGCGUGUGACUGCCCCCUAGGGUACGGAGGCAAGGACUGCAGCCACGUGAUGUCCCACCCGCACCGUUUCCUGGGCGACAGCGUCCUGUGGUGGGACCUGAAGAACGACGUGACCAUCUCCACGCCCUGGUACCUGGGACUGGUGUUCCGCACGCGGGCCAAAGAGGGCGUCCUGCUGCGCGCCCAGGCUGAGCAGUACACCAGCCUCAUAUUCCAGCUGAUUGCCGGGCGGCUGGUGUUCCUGGUGUCGCGGGGCUCCACGCGUCCGGUGCGUCUGAGCCUGGACGGCGUGCAGGUGUGUGACGGCCGCUGGCACGACCUGCAGAUGGAGCUGAGGGACGUUCGGAGCGGUCGCGAGACGCGCUACGUCGCCACACUCCGCCUCGACUUCGGCCUCUACCAGGGUACGGUGAUCGUGGGCAAUGAGAUUCAUAAUCUGAAAGUGAAGCACCUGCAUGUGGGCGGAGUCUUGGGAUCCGGAGAGGUGCAGAGCGGAAUACGAGGCUGCAUUCAGGGUGUGCGUCUGGGUGUGCGUCCUGACUCCCCGACUUUGCCUCGGCCGUCGCGGGCGGUGAAGGUGGAGGUGGGCUGUAACGUCGGCAACGCCUGCGUCUCCACCUGCGCUCCCCACAGCACCUGCGCUGACCAGUGGGAGAAGCACACCUGUGUCUGUGAGCCAGGAUACUAUGGUAAGAGCUGCACAGAUGCGUGCAAGCUGAAUCCAUGUGAGAAUGAAGCUCAGUGCCACAGAAAGCCCAACUCCUCCCAUGGCUACGUCUGUGACUGUGGAGACAACCACUACGGACAAUACUGCCAACACAGGAUCGAGCAGCAGUGUCCGCGUGGCUGGUGGGGGAGUCCUACGUGCGGUCCCUGCCACUGUGACACCAGCAAAGGCUUUGAUCCAGAUUGCAACAAGACCAGCGGCCAGUGCCACUGCAAGGAGUUCCAUUUCCGUCGGCGGAACAGUGACACCUGCCUGCCGUGCGACUGCUACCCGGUGGGCUCCUUCUCGCGGUCAUGUGACCUGGAGAGCGGGCAGUGCCAGUGUCGCUCGGGCGUGAUUGGCCGCCAGUGUAACCUGUGUGAUAACCCCUUCGCUGAGGUCACCCAGACGGGCUGUGAAGUGAUAUACGACGGUUGUCCUAAGACCAUUACUCUGGGGAUCUGGUGGCCCAGGACUAAAUUUGGUCUGCCCGCUGUAGUGCCCUGUCCCAGGGGCUCCGUUGGUGCUGCUAUUCGUCACUGUGAUGCGGAGAGAGGCUGGCUGGAGCCAGAUCUGUACAACUGCACCUCUCCUCCAUUCGUUGAGCUCAACACUGCGCUGGAGGCUGUGGAGCGGAACGAGACCGAGCUCAACACCAUCAUCGAGAAGAAACUGGCACAUCAGCUGCGCGACGUCACCGAGGCCACCACCCGUUUCUAUGGCAAUGACCUGCAGAUUGGCGAGCGCCUCCUGUCCCGCCUCCUGACCUUUGAGACGCUCCAGACGGGCUUUGGGCUCACCGCCACUCAGGAUGCACACUUCAACGAGAAUGUCCUGCGAGGCUGCAGUGCUCUGAUUGGUCCAAGCAGUGCAGGGUUGUGGAGGGGGCAGGGCUUGCAGGCCCAGGGAGCCUCGGUAUUGGCUGAGCUGCUGGACCAUUACACACGCACGCUCGCCAUGAACAUGAAGCAGACCUACCUCAACCCUGUGGCUCUGGUGGCCCCCAAUAUAGUGAUGACUCUGGACCGUUUGGAGAAUCACACACACGUGCGGAGACGGUUUCCACGGUACCAUAACACCAUGUUCCGUGGUCAGCCUCUCUGGGACCCACACACACACGUGUUGCUACCGCCGUCUGCUCCUCCGCCUGCUCCCGCCCCUGUGAACGCCGUGACCAAUCAGACCACUGAGGUAGCCUCUGCACGCCAAUCUGUCACGCACCCUGAUCCACCAAUCACCAUCGUCAUCCUGCUGAUCUACAGAAGUCUGGGAGCGGCCCUCCCCUCCAAAUACCACACGGACCGCAGAGGUGUCAGGCUACCGCGGCACCCAGUGAUGAACUCUCCGGUGGUGAGUGUGAGUGUGUACAACAACCAGUCGUUUGUGGAGGGCUCUCUGGAGUCUCCCCUCUUCCUGGAGUUCCGCCUGCUGGAGACCGCCAACCGCAGCAAGCCACUCUGUGUGCAGUGGAACCAUAGCACCUCCUCCUGCAGUGGAGGCUGUUGGCUGGUGAGGGACUGUAGUGUGGUCUAUAGGAACAUGUCUCACGUUCGCUGCCAGUGCCAAAGGCUGGGGACGUUUGGAGUGCUGAUGGACAGCUCCCAGCGAGAGCAGUUGGAGGGUGAUCUGGAGAUGCUGGCGGUGGUGACCUACACGGGCAUCUGCAUGUCCAUGGUGGCGCUGCUGGUGACCGUGAUGGUGCUGUCCUGCCUACGAGGCCUCAAGUCCAACACUCGCAGCAUCCAUGCCAACAUGGCCGCCGCCACACUGCUCUCACAGCUCACUUAUCUUCUGGGCAUCAACCAGACGGAGCAUCAGUUCCUGUGCACAGUGGUGGCCAUCCUGCUGCACUACUUCUUCAUGGUGGUGUUCGCCUGGCUGUUUGUGGAGGCGCUGCACGUGUACCGCAUGCAGACGGAGGUGCGGAACAUCAACUACGGAGCCAUGAGGUUCUACUACGCCAUCGGCUGGGGCGUGCCUGCCAUCAUCACAGGUCUGGCCGUGGGGCUGGACCCGGAGGGUUACGGGAACCCAGACUUCUGCUGGAUGUCCAUGUACGACAAACUCAUCUGGAGCUUCGCCGGGCCCAUCGUCAUUGUCAUCCUGCUGAAUGGAGGGCUGUUUGUGAUGGUGGUACGCAUUAUCUGUAAUCCCUCUCAGAAGGAGACCAAGAAGCUGCCCAUCAUUGCCACUAUCCGCAGUGCCUUCCUGUUGCUUCUGCUGUCUGCCUGUACGUGGUUCUUUGGUCUGAUGGCUGUGAACAACAGCAUCCUGGCCUUCCAUUACCUCUUCUGCAUCCUCUGCAGCAUCCAGGGGUUGGCAGUGCUGCUGGUGUUCACUGCGCUGAACUCUGAGGUGCAGGAGGCAUGGCGCCUGGUGUGUUUAGGGAAGAAGGGUCCAAGCGAAGAUCCCCCUCGAGCCGCCCAGACAGCCGGUCAGACUCCAUUUAACGGCGCCUCCCUGUUGGAGCAGAGUGGACUACACCGCAUUACACUGGGGACCUCCACUAUCUCCUCAGUCAGCAGUGCACGAGAGAAUCUUCUGGCACGGCAGACCCUUGAACACACUCUGGGACACACAGGUGCCACGGACCUGGAUGUAGCCAUGUUCCACAGAGAUGGAGGUGAGGACUCAGACUCUGACUCCGACCUGUCUCUGGAGGAGGAGCGCAGUCUGUCCAUCCCGUCCUCGGAGAGCGAGGACAACGUGCGUCUCCGCGGACGCAUCCAGCGCCGCUUCAAACGCUCCAAUCACAGCGAGAGGCUGCUCACCGAACCUGUCCAGAACGGCACCAAAGACCUGGAUGGGAAUGACCUGAUGUCCUAUUGGCCAGCUCUGGAGGAGUGUGAGGUCCACUCUCUGCAGAAGUGGGGCUCCGAGCGCCCCUUGGGGGGAGCCGACUACAACAAGGACGCGGCCAACAACAACCAGCCGGACGCAGCGCUGACCAGCGGAGACGAGAACGGACUCACGCCCUCACAGAGACAUCGCAAGGGUAUUCUGAAGAACCGUAUGGGCUGUCCCCCGGCUCUGCAGGGCCUGUCGGCGGUGGGCCGGGUCCCGAGCGAGCUGUCCUGGUACCGCACGUCCACCCUGGGUCACCGCGGCGUGCCGGCCGCCUCGUACGGCCGCAUGUGCUCGGGCUCGCUGUCGCAGCCGGCCUCGCGCUACUCCUCGCGCGAGCAGCUGGACUCGCUGGCCCGCCGGCAGCGCUCGCGCGACAACCUGGACCUGCUGCCGCGGCGACGCGAGCUGGGCGGCUCCCGCGAGCGCCUGGGCCCCGCCGCCCACAGCGCGCACGCCUCGCGCGAGGACCUCGUCGGACCGGAGCAGCCCGGGCUGUCCGGCUCGCGCUCGCACCUCGGCACGCUGACGCGGCGGCAGCUGUCCCGCGAGCACCUCGGGGGGGCGCUGAUGAGCAGCCGCUCGCGCGAGCAGCUGGAGACGUCCGGCGGCGGAGGAGGAGGAGGAGGUCCGAACGGAUCCGGCCCGUGCCGCGAGUGGCUCCGCACGCUGCCCCCCCGCCAGCCCCCGCCCUCCUCGCCGCCUCCGCCAAUCAGCGAGGAGCCGCCGGAGCUCCUCCCCCAGCGCCGCGGACGCCUGGACUCGGCCCCUCCGUGUAGGUACCCCCCGCCGCUCAACGCUGGGGGCCCCUCGGCCGGACCCCAGGCCAGCAGGCCGCCCUCCAGCGAGCACCUGGACAUCCUCUCCUCCAUCCUGGCCUCCUUCAGCUCCUCUGUCCUGGCUCCGCCCACCGCCAACCCUCAGGCCACUGGCCCCUCCCCCUCCCCACCCCACUCCGCCACCUCCCACAGCAUCUCUGAGGUCUCCCCUGACGCCGAGUAA